UCAACCAUGUUUGACUCCUGCUUACUUAAUGUUUAAUUAAUGACGAAUUAGUAUGACUAAUUUUUCCAUUAUCGUCUUGAAAUUUCAUUUACUCGUGUUUACUGAAUUCUGAGUUCUGAUCCUCUCUUCUUCCCCCAAUCGAAGAAUUCGAAAUUGAAGAUCUGCACCACGCAUGUAUUCAUCGGCGAUACUGGAGGGAAGCAUGCAUGCCAGGUGGCCAGAAGAUGUUAGGCAUUCCAAAAAUGCAAUCUCGCACGCAGAAAAGCCGUUAGCACUGAAGAACAGUUUGCGGAAGAGAAUGGAUUUACGAUUUUGGCCGUUCGUAUUUCAGUAUCCAAAAUAUUAUGUAGUGGCAUUUAUGAGAACAUCAGCAAUGAUGUACAAGAACGUUCAGGAUGGAGUUUUCGAUGUGUCGAAUGAGUGGAAUUCCAGGCCCGUCAGAUGGCAGGGAUUGUUCUUCUCAAGGUGGCGAUCACUGCAGUUGAAAUUUGUUGAUUAUGGAGAGAAAGGGCAAUGCUCACAGGAAGAAGAAGAGAACAAGAGACGAAGGAGAUGAUAAAAGAAAAGAAUAUCCCCACAAGGGCAAGAAACAAGAAAUAGUCGUCACUUCUUCGGACAACGAUUCUUCUUACAGGAAAUCAAAACGCAACGGAGUUUUCGAUUUUCCGUGGCUCAAAGAGGGCUCUGUCUUUGAAAUGGACGAGUUCUUAAAGCCAGAAGAUCACGUUUUUGCACCAUGUUCUUGUUUAGGUGAAGAAGACAACACUCUUGUAGCAAAUCUCGACCAACCUUGUCUGCAAAAUUCACUUGCAUCCGAUCGGAAUUUCGAUGUCAAUAAAUUCGACGGUGGUAGUUUGUGUUCGUUCGGAGUCGAUGAUUUUGAACCGUUGGAUUGCAUUUGGAGCUCCAUCAUUGACCAGCCGCUCGACAAUAUCUGUCCUAACAAAACUUAAGAAAGAAUUGAUGAUCUGAUUAAUCGAUUUACGUUUGUUUUUUGGCUGAGAAAUCUCAGUUUUUUUGAUCAUUUUUUGAAGGCAAAAAGUGAUCAUCGAUACGGAUCUCUUAGAUUGAGUGCAUUUUAGAUUAGAUGAAGCAGUUUUGUCAAAUUUGAAAAUUAUGUAAUAAAAUUAAGACAAUAAACUAAA